GCAGAUGUCGACGCGACAGGCGAAACCUCGUGAGCAACACCAAACACGGCAGACUUCUGCACUCACAAGACAACAACGCAGCUCCUGCUCGAAACUAUGAUCGAACACAGAGGCGACAGUUGAAGUGGUCAUGACGGAGUCCCGCGUAGCGCAUUCAACAGAAGCCUCCGUCGCUACAGGGCCACAGCCGAGACCUGCUACCGCGUCGGGCUCGUCCAGACGAGUCGACAACGACCAGCAACCCAUCGAAUCCCCAGCCAUCGGAGACGUCCGCCACGUCACAAACCAUGCGGCCAAUGAGCUGGCUGCACACACCGCAGCUGGACAAUUUCUGCUCCGAUCAGAGAAAGACGGGGACAGACUACUGCCUGGCUACGGCCCAGAGAGACCAGAGGGACUAGAGAAUGCCCCUGUGGCUUUGUCUAGUAUCGCUGCGCCUGGGGCUUCUAUCAACAGCAGGAACGAUUGCCGGAACGACACUGGAAUUGUCGAGCAUGCCCAGAGUUACACGACGCCACCGACUACUCCCCGUCAAGUUCAGAAAGGCAGUGACGAGCACGAGCAGAGUGUUGGGGAUGAGGGCCGUGAUGGCGGCAGGGAACACGAGAACCCGGGAGUGAAUCAAAUCUCCAAUGGUACAAGCACCACCAUGGCUGAACAGGUCAAUGGGACGCCCACGCCGACGUCGGGUUCGAGGAUCCAGCGACGAGGACCACCCGCAACAAGACUGCCUGCGCCCAGCGGCCUCGUCAGCGAGGAGCUUGCGACCACAAUGGACAUCGACAACAACCAUACCGCUGAGUCUGGCCUCCUGGAUGAGAGCUGCCGGGGAACAUGAAGGCGCGAUGACCUCCGCCAUCAUUCGCACGAGGCUGUUGGCGGCGAUCACGGCAGUUCUUGCGGAUCCAGGGGCGGCGAGGACAGCCGGGAACCCACGAUGCACGACAUCACCAACGUAGCGAUGGGUUACGAUGGCAUCCUUCCUCAGGCCACAGAAGCCGGGAAGGGUGAGGCAGACGAUCGCGCGAGUGACCGCGGCAUUUUGGGGCCUGGGUUCGGGUUCACAUACCCUACCCCUUACCAAUCCAGUAUCGUUCAAACCUCAAUGUACAGCUGCCGCCAGCGGCGAUCAAACUUGUGGGGGACACGGGCGUUUCUGAGCGCACGGAGCUGAUCAUGCUGAGAUGCAUUAUUCGGUUGUGCGAA